AUGAAUUGGGACUACCCUAUCCACAGCUUUACGGAUCCUAAUGUUGAGCCUCAAACGCCCACGAGAACGCCCACGACCAGCUCGUUUGAGACCCCGAAGCUUGAGUCCAGCUUCUACGACCCGCGGGUGACAUGGAACACUGCAGACCCCUAUGCCUCCAGCCCGGAGCUGGUCAAGUUUCCUCCCCGCUUUGACCUGGCCUCGCCGUCUCCCCAGCGAGGCCAAUUGCCAGAGGCUGAAGGGGGAGACUCCCUGGCUUCCAGCAGCGUGAGAAAGACAAGGCCAUUGAGCACCAUCUUCAGCUCGGGGCCAGACAUGUCGGACGGAGUCGAUGCCACCAGCCGCUCGGCUGCCUCGAUGCAGACCCCGCCGCCCACCAGCACCUCGAGGAGGAGGACGCUGGAUGCUAUGAAUGUAACGACUGAUGACGCCGCCACGCCCGUGCAAGACCCCAACCCAAACCGUCUCGAGACCCCCAGCCGCUUCGUCGGCCUCUCCCCCAACUUCUACGGCCUGCAGGGCACCCCUGAUCUGUUCCGGGUUGCCGGUGCAUCUGCCACCGAACCGUCCUUUAUCCCUCGAUACUCGAUGCCAUGGGACCAGGAGAAUAUCCCUCCGCCAUCGGCUAUGAUGGAUGAUAACCCCUCUGCUUCUUCUUCUUCUUCUUCUGCGGCUGCUGCUACAUACACCAACAAUAAUGGAAACUUCGACAUAUCCACUCAGGGUCCCCUUGAGCAGUCCGUCGAGGCAUUUGAUGCUGAUCCAGCAAGUGAGAUUGGGUUGGAGACUCCUAGGUUGCCUGUGACCCAGUCUAUUGGGAGAAGACGGGUGGGUUUGGGUAUUCCUCAAGACCCACGAUACCUCGAGGCACAGCAAGGGGCCGGUAUCAACUCUUCCUUCUCGGCUUCACCCCGUGUGCCUCUACCACCAGACGAUGACCCAUCGAUGUUUCUCAGCUCGCCUGCUCGACGAUUCGGCUUUUCUGACCCGUCAUACUCAUACACCCCCCAUGCUCCCCGGAUAGAGAACCGCCAGCCCUACCAUUAUCAAACGGAAGAGUCCGAGCGGGACAAGCGGGAAAGGGGGUUGUGCAAGAUAUCACGGACAAGAAGUGUCGGUCAUCCACGCAGAACGACUGCUAAUGCCGGUGUUGGUGGUGCUGCCACCAACUAUGAAGACUCCUAUGCUUCUCUUCCUCGGCCUCCUGGCAGACCACCGCCGAGACGGAUCACGACUCAUUCUGGGGCCGUAUCUCGCCAAGCUUCGUUUUCAUCCACCACCUCCGGCGCCCUUCCCGGAAGCGGAGUGAGGAAGACUCCCUCCAAGGGCCGCACCUCGCCGUUCAAGCAAAUGCAUUCUUUCCAACGAUCUGCCUCUCUAGCUGCGCCAAUGGAGUCUCUCGUACUCAAGGUUGGGAAGGACGGAAUUGCCACGACAGAGAUGAAACUGGCGGCACACUCUCAGUCUCAACUGCCGGAUGUGUCCCCUGAUAUCAGCAUCGAGGAGCUGUCCACAGAGAGUGACAGUGACAUAUCAGAUACUUCAGAGCGCCGACUUGGCAGAGUGCGGAAUCCAUCGUAUCAUUUCCCCGAUAUCACGCCUCGUCGGUCCCGCAUUGCUGGUACGCCCUCGUCCUCCCGUCCGCACUCCAAGUGCUCGUCUCGUUCGUCCACAGUGGGAUCCUCGCAUUCGGGUUACAACCCGGGCUGGACGGAUACCUCUCGCGGCAGAGGCAAACAGCUCGAUGCUUGGGACGGACGUCGUCGUCAUUCCCGAAACUACUCGAUUACCGACUCAGAGACUACCCAGGAAGAUGACGAGGAGGAGGAAACUGACGAUGCGGGCCAUGCUCAGCAUGCUCUCAAGCAGGUGCUCCAGGCACGUAAACGUCAAUCAGCCGCUGCCGGUACCGCUGCCCCUAAUUCUGCAACAACAUCAGGGUAUGCAUCUGCCUCCCGAGCAUCUCAGUCACUGGCCAUGGCCACACUGCGGUCCUCGCCUCCGCUCGUCGGAUACCCUGAGUCAUCAUGGGCCGGAGACUCCAGCUCGCCAACUAAGAUGACUGACCCUGACACCGCCCCUACGCCCGUCGUGGAACGCCAGAGCAACCCUAGCACAGGGACAAGGUGUGUGUGUAAUUCGAGGAAUAACGGUGGGCACCUCAUGAUCCAAUGGUGA